AUGGCAAUAGGACCACCAUCACCACCUCAAUCAUCCGCAUCAUCUCCAACAGCACCAAAUGCCACAGUGACAACAAUGCAACAACACAAAGAGGCCAAGGAUAAUGUGAUGGGUGGUAGUGUAUUGUAUAAAAACAACAACAGCAAUAAUAAUAGCACAACUUCACAUGCAGAUUCUGCAGCGGCUGCAGAUGCAAACAAUUCCAAUUGGAUGCCAUCUUACUCUUCAACACCAGUGCCAUCAUCCGAUACAGUAGCAGAUGCUGGACCAUCGGCAUCUUCAUCAUCAUCAUCAUCACUUUUGCCACUGGAUAGUGAUGGUAAUGAUGCUGAAUUUUUGAAAAUGCAUAAAAAACAACAACAGCAACCAAUGACCACAUUACCCGAAUUAAGUCUGUAG